AUGACUUGGGGUGCAAGAUAUUCUAUGACAGUGGAGUUAUCGAAUGAGGCUGAUAAGAACGAGGACACGGAUGAUACGGGAGCAAGUGUGGAGGCAGCAGAGAAGCAGGAAGAGGAGAUAGUCACCAUGGAGGCAGCAGCAGUGAAUGGUGGAGAUGGAGAUGGUGUCAACACUUUUGCAGCAGCGAUCGUGGUUGAAGAUGAAGCAGUAAAUGCGAAGUGUGUGGGAGUCGCUGUGAAAGGGGACAUCAUGGUGAAAGGAUCAAAGGCGAAUGCAACUGCAAAGGGGCGAGUGCUUACAAAGGAGGAACACGUUGAGGGGUAUGAGACCCGAGAGGUGUUGAGUGUUGACAUGCCGAGGAGAAGCGAGAGGCUCAAGAAAAUGUUUCAUGGAUUGGAUGUCAAGGCGCUCAACUUCAAGACACGUAAGGAGAGGUUCAAGGGCUGCCCGUCGUUGGACGCGCUCGCGGACGGCGCGCUGGAGGAAGGGGAGCUGCGCGCAAGCGACUUUGGCGGAGACUUCGUGUUCGGAUUCGCUACAAGCGCCGCUCAGGUGGAGGGCGCAGUGUCGGAGGGCGGAAGGGGGAGAAGCAUUUGGAACGACUUUGCAGAGAGGGCAGGAAAGAUCAAGGACGCUUCAAAUCCGUCAGUCACAGCUGAUCAGUUUCACCGGUUUAAGGAUGACGUGGCACUGCUCAAGGCCAUGGGGGCGACCUCCUGCCGCUUCUCCAUCUCCUGGUCGCGAAUCAUCCCUGAUGGCAUGGGAGCAGUGAGCGAGGCGGGCGUGCAGCACUACAGUCGCCUCAUAGACGAGCUGCUGGCCAAUGGCAUCGCGCCAGCUGUCACGCUGUACCACUGGGACCUGCCCUCUCACCUGCACGAGGCACACGGGGGCUGGCUCAAUGCGAGCAUCGUGCACGCCUUUGUUCGGUACGCGGGCGUGUGUUUCGUCGUGUGUUUGCUCGCAACGCCGGGACGCCUGAACUGUCAUUUCUUCUACUCCGUCAACCCCUGCAACCUCAGGCACUCUCCCUGCCUCCCCAACCACCACAGGCACGCCUUCGUCCGGUAUGCAGACGUGUGUUUCUCUCGCUUUGGCGACCGGGUGAAGACGUGGAUCACAUUCAACGAGCCACAGCAGACUGCUGUGCAGGGUUACGGCUAUGGCACUAUGGCACCUGGUCGCUGCUCCAAUCGCACUUCCUGCGAGCAAGGGGAUUCAUCCACUGAGCCUUACAUUGUCUCUCACCACAUCAUGCUCGCCCAUGCUGCUGCUGCUGUCUUUCCCUUCCCACUACCCCACCUCCCUCAGGGCUAUGGCUAUGGCACUAUGGCACCUGGUCGCUGCUCCAACCGUUCUUCCUGCGAGCAAGGCGACUCGUCCACUGAGCCUUACAUUGUCUCUCACCACAUCAUGCUCGCCCAUGCUGCUGCUGUGGCCGUCUAUCGGAGGAGAUACAGCAACCAAUGGGUUGCCAGCUGGGGGAAUGGGGAGAAGGGGAAGAAGGAGAAGGAAAGGAAUGGCGGAGGAGGGCGCAUAGGCAUGACAAUGGAUUGUGUGUUUCUGCUCCCGGCCGAUGGCACCCGGGAAAGUGUGGACGCAGCGCAACGAGGCAUGGAGUUUGCAUUUGCCUGGUGGGUGGGUGGGAGAAGCAGGAGGGCGCAUGGGCAUGACGAUGGACUGUUUGCAGACCCCUUAUUCAGGGGCGACUACCCGCCCUCCAUGCGCCAGGCUGUCGGCUCGCGUCUGCCGUCCUUUUCUGCCACCGAAUCCUCGCUGCUGAUUGGCUCCUCGGAUUUCAUCGGCCUCAACUUCUACACCGCUCAGUUCGCCGCCGAAAAAACGGUUCAGGAUGGUGGCAAGGUAGCUGACGUGGCAAAUGGGGUGGCACCAUGGAUGGACUGCCACGUGGACAUGACAGCUGUGUCUCCUGUAACGGGGAAGCUUAUAGGGGAGCGCACGGCAUCAUCAUGGCUACACGUGGUGCCAACAGCAAUCCAGCACAUGCUGACGUGGAUCAGCCACAGAUACCCGUCCGUCCCCAUCAUCAUCACUGAAAAUGGAAUGAGUGAGCCCAACCUCCCGUCGCGCUCACUGGCUCGCACCCUCUGUGACGACCAGCGUGUUCGUUUCUACCGCUCCUACCUCUCCAGUGUGCUUCAAGCCAGGCGGUACGAUCCCCUCACCCUCCUUACCUGGCCCCUCCUCUCACUCUACCGCUCCUACCUCUCCAGUGUGCUUCAAGCCAGGCGGUACGAUCCCCUCACCCUCCUUACCUGGCCCCUCCUCUCACUCUACCGCUCCUACCUCUCCAGCGUGCUUCAAGCCAGACGGUAUGAUGGCUAG